UUUUCAUCUGAUUAACCCCCUUCUUCCGCCUACCUACGGCCUGAUUUUUCCUCUCCUGGCUUUAUUCCCCCAUGGCCGAACCCAUGGAGGAAACCACGGUUGUUGAUGGCGAACCCACUCUACCCACCGGCGAGAAGAGGUCAAUUGAGAUUCACGGGGACGAUGAACUUGCGGAGCCUCAGUUGAGAAAGAAGCCCCGUAAUGGUUGCGAGUUGGGUCCUAAUCUCCGGAGGGUUGCGGAGAUUGUGUUGGUCAUGUCCACAAUGACGGCGCUGCGUGCUGGAAAGAAGCCUACUGAUGCCGAGGUUGAAUUAAUGGCUGAGGCUAGGGCUAAGUUGGUUCAGAUUUGUGAAGGAUUGGCUCCCAAGGAUAUUGUGGGAAGGGAAGGAAUUAGUUCUUUGAUUGAAGAUUUGGGGCUGCAUGGUAACAUUAGGGAUCAGAAGUUAGGGUUUCGCGGUCCCAGGUUGACGAUAGCGGAGAAAUUAGCGCAGACAAAGAAGAAGAUGGAAGAUUCCAAGAAAUAUAUCCCACCUUCGGGUUAUGGAUCUCAUCCAACCCAAAAACAUAUUAUUUCAUCGAUUGAGAACCGUGGGCCAUUGCCUUCUGUACGGAUGUUUCCCUCAGACAAAUCAAGUCCUGUCCCUAAUUCAGUGGGAGGCACUGCCGGUACUCUGCCUUCAGGUCAUGUUUCUGUUGCUGGUUCUACGUCCAUGCAGGUUCAACCGCAACUAACAGGCAAUGAAGUCAGAGCUCAUAAUAUUUCAAGUGGAUUUCCAAUUAAUCAACAAGGAAGGGACCCUUCCUCACUCUUGCAUGGCAUUGAAAGACCACUAAAUGGGACAUAUGGAUCUCAAAUGCAAGUUAACUCUUCCGUAAAUCACUCUCUGGCGAGUGCUCCUACCUGGUCUGCUCAAACUCAAUCUGCCUUGUCGGCUAAAGGUGGGCCAGAACACAAGUUUCCAAAUCAUUCUGCUGCUAAUGCUCAGGGAACCACAGAUUCAAGAGCCUUAAGAUCGUCUUCUCAAGCAGCAAGGGACCAAAGCUUUAGACCUCCAAUUCCUCAAACUGGGACAGGAAAUAUGGCUGGUUUGCAGCCGCAUUUACAGAGCAUAAAUUUUGUGCAAGGGCCUUCAGUUUCUAAUAGCCACAAUGAAAUUGUCAAAAUUAUUCAGAAGCUGUUACAGCCACAGCUUCCUGAUCAUCCUACUUGGAAUCCUCCUUCAAGAGAUUACAUGAACAAGGCUGUGACUUGCCAAACUUGUCAAGUUACCAUCAAUGAGAUUGAUAGUGUACUUAUAUGUGAUGCUUGUGAGAAAGGAUUUCACUUGAAAUGUGUACAGUCACCUAAUCAGAGAGCGAUUCCUAGGGGGGAGUGGCACUGCCCAAGAUGCUUAACUAUAAGCAAUGGGAAGCCUUUACCUCCUAAAUACGGGCGUGUCAUGAGGAGUAACCCCCCACCAAAAUUAUCUGUCAAUACCAGUGGAUCUCAGCCACCAGAGAAGAGUUUAGGAGCCGCUGUGGAACAAAAGGCCAGUGCUGGACAGCUGAAGUUAGUUUCUAAUGGAGGUUUAGAUUUGCUAAGUCACCACCAGCCUGCUGAGGAUGGAAGCAAUGCCAAUGAAUCAUCUGGUAUCAAAAUUCCAAAUGCGGAAGAAGCUCAUGGAAAUAAUCUUUUACCAAUUAGGAAAGACAUAGAUGAGAAACCAACCUCUUCGACUUCCCUGAAUACCCCAGCCAAAUCCUUGGGGAUGGUUUGUGAACCCUCUUCUGCUGAGAUAUCAAGUGAAGUAUCUGCUCAGCACAUUAAAAGUUCUCAAGCACCAAUAGGUGAAGAUGGAUCCUCAGCAAAAUCAGAGCCUCCUGAAGAAUCUCAAACUGCGGGUGACAAUUCUAGUAACCCUAAACCCCCUGACAUUCCUCAAAUUGUUGAUCAGCAAAUGGGUUCUAAUGGUCCAGAGGAACCUUACUCAACAGCAAGUUCUCAUGACACUUCAAAUGUGAAGAAAGAUGGCCAUGAAGUUCUGCAGGAGAAUAAUGUUGAAAAUUUUGAAGCUAGCAUCAUAAAUAGAGAGCAGUCCGGGACUUCUUCCAAUGACCUGCAUGAUGUUGAAUGGAUUGGCGACCCACAUCAGCUGACAGAUACGAGGGCAUAUUACAAAUCCUGUCGUGUUGAUGGGGUUACAUAUAUAGUUGAAGAGUUUUCUCUUUUUCACUCCAACAACGGGAAACUGAUGCCCUAUAGGCUUCAGUCCUUGUACCAUGAAUAUGAAAGUGGAUUGAACUGGGCUAUUCUUAAGCAGUGUUACUUUCAUGAGGACUUGCCCAAGGAAGUUGCCCACCUCUGCCCGUGCUCCCCUGAACAAAAUGAGGUAUAUACAUCCGAUGGCAACAUUUGUUUAGCUGUGGGCUUAAUUCGAAGCCCAUGUGAAGUUCUUCCUGUUGCCAAGUAUAAAGAAGAACAUGAAAGACGAAAACAAUUGGGUCCUGGGGCAGAUGAUGGAAUAAAGCCAACUUUCCUGUGCAAAUGGUUUUAUACUGAAGCUAACAAAGAAUUUGUACCUUUUACUGAUGCCGUAUGUGAAAGCUUCUCAGUGAUGCAGGUAAUAUAGGGCGACCUGCAACGACAAGGUAAUGGAUGAAUGAAAGUCCAUAUAUUCAAAUGUUUUGAAGUAGUAGGUAGCAAUACUCCCCGUCUGUUUCUUUCUUCCUUGUGACUGUAAUUUAAGGCUGUUUCUUCUUAUAUAACCCCACAUGAGGUUCCCAAGCCCUGUCUCUCUCCCCCUCUUAGGACCCCUUGUCUGUAUAUUAUUGUAUCAACAGCACCUGCCCUCUGCUUUCACAAUGAAGGAGGUACGUUUGUAUUGUAGACGUCUGCCAUUUUUCAAAUUACAGAGAUUUGUAAUGUGUAUUUUCUUGUUCUUUUCA